AUGCUGAGUAGCACCCUCCGCUCUUCGAGCAGCCAGCUUCUUAGAGCUAGCUGCCGCACCUCGAAAUGUAUAUCCCAAUCCUCGAGAUGUUUCUCCCUUAGCGCCGCUCGUCGUCCUCUCGCUAUCGCCGCCCAGAAGAGGUAUUCCUCUACCACGACGUCGGCACCCUCUCCUAAUGACAACUUCCUAUCCGGUAACACUGCCAACUACAUCGAUGAGAUGUAUCUGCAGUGGAAAGAGGAUCCGGGGAGCGUCCAUGUGUCAUGGCAGGUCUACUUUAAAAACAUGGAGAGUGGCGACAUGCCCAUCGAGCAAGCUUUCACCCCUCCUCCCACUCUCGUUCCCAAUGCGACUGGCGGUGUUGGGCCAGCCGUGGGCGUGGGAGUCGGUCAGGGCUCUGACGUUAUGAAUCAUCUGAAAGUGCAGCUACUAGUUCGCGCGUACCAGGCUCGUGGCCACCACAAGGCCGAUAUCGACCCUCUUGGCAUCCGCAAUGAGCCAAGAGGUUCUUCCAAUACCAAGAUUAACGAGUUAUCCCUCGACCACUACCAGUUUACCGAAAAGGAUCUCGAUAAGGAGUUCACCCUGGGCCCGGGUAUCCUCCCGCGCUUCAAGCGAGAAGGUCGAGACAAGAUGACUCUCUGCGAGAUCAUUGCCGCUUGCGAGAAGAUCUACUGCGGGUCCUAUGGUGUCGAGUUCAUUCAUAUCCCUGAUAGGGCUAAAUGCGACUGGCUGAGGGAGCGCGUCGAAGUUCCCCAACCCUUUAAGUAUUCGAUUGACGAGAAGCGCCGAAUUCUUGACCGUUUAAUCUGGAGUUCCAGCUUCGAAUCCUUCUUGGCUACCAAAUAUCCCAAUGAUAAGCGAUUCGGUCUGGAGGGUUGCGAGACCCUCGUACCCGGAAUGAAGGCGCUCAUCGACCGAAGUGUCGACUACGGCGUUAAAGAUAUUGUCAUCGGAAUGCCUCAUCGUGGUCGUCUUAAUGUGCUCAGCAACGUCGUCCGCAAGCCGAACGAGUCCAUCUUCAGCGAAUUCGCAGGCACUACUGGUGCUGAAGACGAAGGGUCAGGAGAUGUCAAAUACCAUUUGGGUAUGAACUUUGAGCGUCCUACGCCGUCUGGCAAGCGAGUUCAGCUUUCUCUCGUGGCCAACCCUUCUCAUCUUGAAGCCGAAGAUCCAGUCGUUCUUGGAAAGACCAGAGCUAUCCAGCACUACAACAAUGAUGAGACGACGCAUCGAACUGCCAUGGGCGUGCUAUUACACGGUGACGCUGCUUUCGCUGCUCAGGGUAUCGUAUAUGAAUGUCUUGGUUUCCACUCCCUCCCAGCCUUCUCAACUGGUGGAACAAUCCACUUGGUCGUCAACAACCAGAUUGGUUUCACCACUGACCCUCGAUUUGCUCGUUCGACCGCGUAUUGCACGGAUAUCGCCAAGGCUAUAGACGCGCCCGUCUUCCACGUGAACGCUGACGAUGUUGAGGCCGUGAACUUCGUCUGUCAAUUAGCCGCAGAUUGGCGCGCCGAGUUCCGAUCUGAUGUCGUUAUCGAUCUCAUCUGUUACCGCAAGCACGGUCACAAUGAGACGGACCAACCCUCCUUCACUCAACCCCUGAUGUAUAAGCGCAUCGCUGCCAAGGAGCCUCAAAUCAACAUUUACGUAGAGAAGUUGCUCCAGGACGGUACUUUCACGAAGGAGGACGUCGAAGAGCACAAACAAUGGGUCUGGGGUAUGCUAGAGGAAAGCUUUGCUAAGUCUAAAGAUUAUCAGCCAACAUCCAAGGAGUGGACUACAUCUGCCUGGAAUGGCUUCAAGUCCCCCAAGGAGUUGGCGACUGAGGUUCUACCACACAUGCCGACCAGCGUCGAUCAGAAGACUCUAGAGCACAUCGGUGAGGUCGUUGGCUCUGCUCCUGAAGGCUUCCAUGUCCAUCGCAACCUAAAGCGUAUCCUGCAAAACCGCACUAAGUCGGUACUCGAGGGUAAGAACAUUGACUGGUCGACCGCCGAAGCUCUCGCCUUCGGUUCGCUCGUCACUGAGGGCCAUCACGUUCGUAUUUCCGGCCAAGAUGUAGAGAGAGGUACCUUCUCGCAACGGCAUGCCGUCUUCCACGACCAAGAAACUGAGGACACAUACACACCCCUGCAACACGUCAGCAAGGACCAAGGCAAGUUUGUUAUCUCUAACUCGUCCUUGAGUGAGUAUGGUGCUUUAGGUUUCGAGUACGGUUACUCGCUGUCGUCGCCAAACGCAUUGGUUAUGUGGGAGGCUCAAUUCGGUGACUUUGCCAACAACGCGCAAUGUAUCAUUGACCAGUUUAUCGCCUCUGGCGAAGUGAAGUGGAUGCAGCGAACCGGUCUGGUCAUGUCUCUCCCCCACGGUUAUGACGGACAAGGCCCCGAGCAUUCUUCUGGCCGCAUGGAACGAUAUUUGCAACUCUGCAACGAGGACCCGCGCGUAUACCCGUCUCAGGAAAAGCUCGAGCGCCAGCACCAGGAUUGCAACAUGCAGAUUGCGUACAUGACCACGCCUGCUAACCUGUUCCAUAUUCUUCGCCGACAGAUGCACCGACAAUUCCGAAAGCCCCUUGUAAUAUUCUUCUCUAAGUCGCUACUACGACACCCUCUAGCCCGUUCCAACAUCGAGGAAUUCACUGGUCCUGAUGCUCAUUUCAAGUGGAUUAUUCCCGACCCUGAGCACGAAGCCGGUAACAUCAAGUCCCCCGAGGAAAUCGAACGAGUCAUCCUCUGCACCGGUCAGGUGUGGGCGGCGCUUCACAAAUACCGCGCCGACAACAAGAUCGACAAUGUUGCACUCACUCGAAUUGAGCAGCUGAACCCUUUCCCGUGGGAGCAAGUUAAGGAGAACCUAGAUACGUACAAGAAUGCCAAGACCAUUGUCUGGGCUCAGGAAGAGCCCCUAAAUGCUGGUGGAUGGAGCUUUACUCAACCGCGUAUCGAAACUCUCCUGAACGAAACUCAAUUCCACGACCGCAAGCACGUCAUGUACGCCGGCCGAAACCCUUCAGCAUCGGUUGCCACUGGUCUAAAGACUGUUCACAAGAAGGAAGAAGAGGAGUUGCUAGAGAUGGCGUUCACAGUGACGCAGGAUAAACUAAAGGGCGAGUAG